AUCAUUCUUCAAUCUGAGCCCAAACUUCAGCACUCACCAUUUCCUCUUGCCAUUAUAAAACAGAAGAAUCAUUCAUACAACUCAAAAGCAAAAGCCAUGGAGGGUUUCAACCAUUCUUCAUUGCUUCUGUUGUUCUUCCUUUUUGCUGUGUUGCAAACAUCCACCUUUGCCACCAAGAAGUCAUACAUUUUUUACUUGGGAUCACAUUCACAUGGCCUGAAUCCUUCUGCAAUUGAUCUCCAACUUGCGACGGAAUCUCACUACAAUUUACUCGGCUCGUUAUUGGGGAGCAAUGUGGCAGCCAAGGAUGCAAUUUUCUACUCCUACAACAAAUAUAUCAAUGGCUUUGCAGCCAUACUUGAUGAGAAAGUUGCACAAGAGCUAGCAAAACAUCCCAGCGUGGUGUCGGUCCACGAGAACAAGGCAAGAAAACUGCACACAACAGGUUCAUGGAGCUUUCUUGGACUGGAAAAUGAUGGUGAAAUUCCCUCAAACUCUAUUUGGAACCUUGCAAGUUUUGGUGAAUCCACAAUCAUUGGCAACCUUGACACAGGCGUUUGGCCAGAAUCAAAGAGCUUCAGCGACAAAGGAUAUGGACCUAUCCCAUCGAGGUGGAGGGGAAGUUGUGAGGGUGGCUCCAAAUUUCGUUGCAACAGGAAGCUGAUUGGAGCGAGGUAUUUCAACAAAGGCUAUGUAGCCUCUAUAGGACCUCUCAAUGCCAGCUACGAAACGGCAAGGGACGAUGAAGGCCAUGGAACGCACACUCUAUCCACUGCUGGAGGCAAUUUCGUUUCUGGAGCGAGCGUUUUUGGGAAUGGCAACGGAACUGCAAAAGGAGGUUCCCCCAGAGCCCGUGUUGCUGCCUAUAGGGUAUGCUGGCCUGCUGUGCUCACUGGUGGGUGUUUUAUGGCGGACAUCCUUGCUGGCUUCGAAGCUGCCAUCCAUGACGGAGUUGACGUUCUCUCGGUUUCACUCGGUGGAAGUCCCGAAGAAUUCUCCGACGACGGACUGGCUAUCGGAGCAUUCCAUGCAGUUCAGCAUGGCAUCACCGUCGUCUGCUCUGCGGGAAAUUCAGGGCCAGGUCGAGGAACUGUUUCAAAUGUGGCGCCAUGGAUGAUAACUGUGGGAGCUAGCACAGCCGACAGGCUUUUCGCCAGCUAUGUGGGCCUUGGAAAUAGGAAGCAUAUCAAGGGAGCAAGUCUUUCCGACAAAAUACUACCGGCUCAAAAGUUCUACCCAUUAAUUAGCACGGCAGAUGCGAAAGCCAGCAAUGUCUCCCUUGAAUAUGCGCAACUGUGUGAGGAGGGGUCUCUUGAUCCCAAAAAGGUAGAAGGGAAGAUUGUGGUUUGCCUUCGAGGGGACAAUGCGAGGGUGGACAAGGGCUAUGUGGCUGCUCAAGCAGGUGCUGUGGGGAUGAUUCUGGCCAACGCUCAGGAUAAUGGGGAUGAACUUUUAGCUGAUGCACAUUUGCUCCCUGCUUCCCAUGUCAGCUAUGCUGAUGGUGAACUAAUCUUCCAGUACAUCAAAUCUACCAAAAUUCCAAUGGCUUACAUGACUCACGUAAAGACAGAACUUGGAGUAAAACCAGCACCAUUUAUGGCUUCAUUCUCAUCCAGAGGUCCCAACACAAUCGAGGAGUCAAUACUCAAGCCUGAUAUUAUAGCACCAGGUGUCAGCAUAAUUGCUGCUUACUCUGAAGAAGCAUCACCAAGUGGCUCAUCAUUUGAUAAACGUCGGAGCCCAUUUAAUGCAGAAUCUGGGACCUCCAUGUCUUGUCCUCACGUUUCUGGUAUCGUUGGCCUUCUCAAGACCCGUUAUCCAAAGUGGAGUCCAGCAGCUAUCAAAUCUGCACUCAUGACCACAGCUGCAACCAAAGCCAACGACUUACAUCCAAUACUAAACACAACCCAGCUGAAAGCCAACCCAUUAUCCUACGGCGCGGGCCACGUCCGCCCAAACAAGGCCCUGAACCCGGGCCUCGUCUACGACCUCACCCUCAAGGACUACUUGAACUUCCUCUGCGCUCGAGGCUACAACCAAACCCAAAUCAAGAAAUUCUCCAGCGCCCCAUUCGCAUGCUCACACUCCUUCAAACUAACAGAUUUCAACUACCCAUCAAUCUCCAUCCCUAAUCUCAAAUUUGGCCCCGUGAAGGCCAAGAGAAGGGUCAAGAAUGUGGGGAGCCCAGGCACGUACGUGGCCCAGGUCAAGGCACCCCCGGGAGUUGCGGUUUCGGUGGAGCCAAAUAUGCUGAAGUUUACUGGAAUUGGCGAGGAGCAGAGUUUCAGAGUGGUGGUGCGGCGAGUGGAGAAUGAAGAGCGACGGGGGUAUGUGUUUGGGUGGCUCGCAUGGUCGGAUGGGAACCACCGUGUUAGAAGUCCCAUUGCGGUGAACUUGGGGUGAUUUGUAAGAGCAAAUAAACACAGGUUGUUGUUUAUGUCUUGUUGAGUUUCUUGUCUCACAUUCUUUUCCAAAAUUCUUUGUCUGCCUACAGUUGUCGAUUUGUUCAAUGAUAAUGGAUUUUUUUCUUGGAAAAGGGCUACAUCCACACUGAUGAAAA